CGCCACUGGGGGGCGCGGCAGCGCUCCUUUCCCGCCUCUGAGCACGCCCAGCCGCGCUAGCGGCGUGAGGUGAGAGGUCGGGAAGAUGGCGGCGGCCUUGGCGGAGGAGGUGCCGGACAACGAGGACUACUACGCGCUGCUCAACGUGCGGCGGGAGGCCUCCCAGGAGGAGCUGAAGGCCGCCUACCGCCGGCUAUGCAUGCUCUACCACCCUGACAAGCACAGGGACCCGGAGCUCAAGACGCAGGCAGAGCGGCUCUUCAACCUCGUGCACCAGGCCUACGAAGUGCUUAGUGAUCCACAGACCAGAGCCAUCUAUGACAUAUAUGGGAGGAGAGGACUGGAAAUGGAAGGAUGGGAGGUUGUGGAAAGGAAGAGAACUCCAGCUGAAAUCAGGGAAGAAUUUGAGCGUUUGCAGAGAGAGAGGGAAGAGAGAAGACUGCAGCAGCGAACUAAUCCAAAGGGAACAAUUAGUGUUGGAAUAGAUGCCACCGACCUCUUUGACCGCUACGAGGAAGAAUACGAGGAUGUGCCUGGGAGCAGCUUUCCCCAGAUUGAGAUAAACAAAAUGCACAUAUCCCAGUCCAUCGAGGCACCACUGACUGCCACGGACACAGCAAUACUGUCUGGUAACCUUUCCACCCAGAAUGGGAAUGGAGGUGGAUCGAUUAAUCUUGCUCUGAGACGAGUGACAUCUGCCAAAGGAUGGGGAGAGUUGGAGUUUGGAGCAGGAGACCUUCAGGGACCUCUCUUCGGUCUGAAGAUAUUCCGUAAUCUUACACCAAAAUGUUUCAUCACUACAAACUGUGCGCUGCAGUUCUCAUCCCGUGGGAUCCGCCCAGGCCUCACCACGGUCCUGGCCCGCAACCUCGACAAGAACACGAUGGGGUACUUGCAGUGGCGAUGGGGCAUCCAGUCAGCCAUGAACACCAGCGUAGUGCGGGACACAAAAACCAGUCAUUUCACUAUGGCAUUACAGCUGGGAAUCCCCCACUCUUUCGUGAUGGUCAGUUAUCAGCAUAAGUUUCAGGAUGAGGAUCAAACACGAGUGAAAGGUUCUGUCAAGGCGGGUUUCUUCGGGACCAUAGUGGAGUAUGGAGCAGAGAGGAAGAUUUCCAGACACAGCAUUUUAGGAGCCACCGUCAGUGUUGGUGUUCCCCAGGGAGUGUCUUUGAAAAUCAAAUUGAACAGGGCUAGCCAGACCUACUUCUUCCCUGUCCACCUGACAGAUCAGCUGCUUCCCAGCGCUGUCUUCUAUGCCACCGUGGGACCUCUAGUUGUCUACUUCGCCAUGCAUAGGCUGGUCAUCAGACCCUACCUCAGGGCACAGAAGGAGAGGGAGCUGGAGAAGCAACGGGAGAGUACAGCCAGCGACAUCCUUCAGAAGAAGCAGGAGGCUGAAGCUGCAGUCCGGUUAAUGCAAGAGUCUGUCCGGAGGAUAAUUGAAGCAGAGGAAGCCAGAAUGGGUUUGAUUGUGGUGAACGCCUGGUACGGGAAGUUUGUGAAUGACAACAGCAGGAAGAAUGAGAAGGUGAAAGUAAUAGAUGUGACAGUGCCCCUGCAGUGCUUGGUGAAAGACUCUAAACUCAUCCUCACAGAGGCAUCCAAGGCUGGGCUGCCAGGUUUCUACGACCCCUGUGUGGGUGAGGAGAAGAGUUUGAAAGUGCUUUAUCAGUUCCGAGGAGUUCUGCACCAAGUGAUGGCAGCUGACAGCGAGGCCCUUAGGAUACCAAAGCAAUCUCACAGAAUCGAUGCUGAUGGUUAAUCCGGUGCCAGCGUGUGUCCAUAACGGUACCUGGGUCAAUGGAAACCACAACCUCCCCCUGGACACCGCAAGUUUGAACAGAGACAUUCUUAUUUUUAACUACCCAUAUAGCAGGUGGUGUCCUACCAGUUCUGAGAACCUGCUUCUCCAGGUGGCUCCACGGCAAUACUGCUCUGAAUUGUGGCUCAGUAACCAAUAAAGCAACGUGGCUCUGA